AUGCAGGGACAUCACGCGUCCGACGUCUUGUACGCAAAGAGCGAAGCCUCCCAGACUCCCCACCCUCUCGCCGGUGAACCCACCGACCGACACGGCAUCCCGUUAUCCGUCGCGCACGGUCCGCAGACCAACCUUCCCGUUUGGCAGUUCAUUCAUAAGUUGACGACGCCCCUCCCGAACCCAAAGAGUGGCGAUCGCCCGUACACUCACAUCUGCGUCUUAUGCUCGGCCUCUCCGCCUGUGCGGGCCACGUCGAAGCGAACAGUCACGUGGCGCGACGCUCUGAUGCGCCAACGGAUGUCCACGAAUGCCGUGGCGCACAUGCAACGCGUUCAUCCGGACGAGUUCGUCACCAUUGCCGACUACAAGCAACGCAAACGAGAAGCGUUGGUAGAGAAAGCUGCCAAUGGCACGAACGAACCAAAGAAGAAGAGAGUCAAGCGAACGCCUGGCCCCAAGAAGAAAUCCGCCACUACUCCUGACGAGAACCGGGAAGGUGCAUCGGCAGAUGAAGUGCCAGUCACUUCUGUGGUUAAAACGCAGACAACGGGAGUAUCGCCACGGAAGCGAACACCCGGCAAGACGACGGACCUCGUCCGGACGUGGCUCAUCUCGUCGGGCUUGCCCGUGUCCGUGCUACAAGAUGCCUCCUUGCAGCAACUAUUGAAGCUCUCGAGCUCAGCUAUCUCAGCGUUGACGACGGCGUCGACUUUUAAUGCUCAAGUGCAGGAAGAGUUUAUAAAGUUUAGCGGUUUUCUGGACUUGUAUCUAGCUUCGGAGUCUCAAGCUGCUUUGGGGCUGCCGUUUCUAUCGCUUCGACACGAGUUCCGACCUAUCGAUGGAGCCACUGCCGAGAAUUUUUUUAGUCGCAUGGACCGGUUGCUCCACGGCUACAGCUACAAGACGUAUGACGAGGAUGAGGAGAUUGAUGAGCAUGUUGAAAGGAUUAAUUGA